AUGCCCUUCGCGAUCUUCGCGCACGCCGUGCACACCUUCGCGCUGGCGGAGCAGGCGUCCGCUUUGGACGCGGAGGCCCUCGGAGGCGCAGGCUGGGUUGCGACCGGUGCAGUGGGCGGCUUGGUCACCGGCUUCGUGGGCGGAUUCGUGACGGGUUUGGUGGGCGGCUUGGUGACUGGCUUGGUGACUGGCUUGGUGACUGGCUUGGUGGACGUUUUCGUGACGGGUUUCACGACAGGCUUGCCCACAGGCCUGACGAUGGGCUUCUUCGUGACGGGUCUGGCGAUAGGCUUCUUCCCGAUAGGUUUCCUGAUUGCUCUCGCGGAGAGAUCUUCGGAACCAUCGAGAACGUCUUCGCCAUCCGUGACUUCAUCAACCAGCGCGCGAGCACCGAGUUCGUCCGACUCCUCAGACCCCUCUUCGAGCAGCUCACGAGUGCCGAGUUGGUUUCCGAUGAAGCAUUUGGAGUCGAAGAACUCGGGGUUCGACUGGGCCUGUUGUCGUCGAUACACAGUCAGACCGAUGAUGGGACGAAGGACGACGACAACCCACGCACCAACAGCGCGAAGAACGCGUAGUUCUGCGGGUUCUGCGGCUUCAACGGGGCAGCGAGGUUCUGGAUUUGGUUGA